AUGGAUGAGUUUACCAGAGAUCCUUGUCCAUUUCGUAUUGUCAGUGAUUGUGGAGCAGCGUUUGCUAUGGGGACAAUCGGUGGUAGUUUAGUUCAUUCCUAUAAAGGCUACCGUAACGCCCCUUCGGGUUAUACAAAGAAGCUAGUAAGCGCAAUGGUCAACAGUCGUCAGCGUGCACCACUGGUGGGAGGAGCUUUUGCUAUUUGGGGUGGGAUGUUCACAGCAGUCGAUUGCACACUAGUUUUCGCUCGUCAAAAAGAGGAUCCAUGGAAUUCAAUCACAAGUGGGGCAAUAACUGGGGCUGUUUUAGCUAUUCGUCAUGGCCCAGCAGCUAUGGUUGGUCAAGCUGUAGUUGGUGGUGUAAUAUUGGCAAUUAUUGAAGGUCUUGGAAUUAUGAUGAAUAGAUUCGCUCCAAUGCUCAUGCAACCUCCACCUGAAGCUUUACCAGACCAACAAAAUGAUCAGUCAUCAGGUCCAGGUAGCUCUGCUGGUACUGGUGUUAGUGGAUUUUUCAAUUUAUUUGGUUCUAAUACUUCACAUCCAUCUUCUGAAUCGAAUAGCACAGAAUCUCAUGGUGGAGUAUCAUCAAAAUCUGCGUUUUUGUUACAAUAA